UCAUGCUGCUGCCAAGACCAGAGUCUCUCAUGGGUCCCUGUACGGCCUCCCAUUGCUGCUGUCUCCAUCGCCACACUCUGCCAUGUGCCACUUUCAGGUCUCCUCACACUGCUGGUGUGUUCCAUUUUUUGUCAUAGGGUGCUGGCAGAUUACGGGCCUCCCAUUGCUGCUGCCAGGCCCGUAAUCUGCCAUGGGCCCCUGUACCGCCUCCUCAUGCUGCUGCCAGGUCCAGAGUGUGUCAUGGGUCCCUGUACGGCCUCCCAUUGCUGCUGUCUCCAUCGCCACACUCUGCCAUGUGCCACUUUCAGGUCUCCUCUCACACUGCUGGUGGUUUCCAUUUUU